AGGCCUAACAUAUGAUUGCGCUCUAAGUUAUAAAUGACAAUAGUUUUGAUGAGAUGUUAGUCUUAUUAGCGAUUAGUUAGUGUUUAGUACUACACGACUAUAGCAUAGAGAGUAUGAUUGACUACACUUUACAUGUAAUCAAAUUGAAUUAGUUUUGAUUUAAUUUAUAGUUAAAGACUUCGGGUUUUUAAUACCAAAAGACUUUAUUGAUCACUAAGAAGUGUCAAUUAUAUCAUAUAAAUAGUUGUCACUUGAUUUGGUCACUGUUAAACAUGUUACACGUUUUGGCGCCCAAAGUCAAUGGUACCAAAAGACAAAAGUCUAACAAAGAUAUGACACCUAAGAGGCAAAAGACAAAAAACAAAGAGUUGUCGACACCGACGAUGUCUGUUGAUUUGUUGACACCGACCAGUCGUCACACUUCCCGGUGCUCUCCGUUGCCGAACUUUAGUUGGGCCGACGCUAGAGAAGUAUGGGAUCUGAUGAUUAAUAAAGACACUGUUUAUACGCGAAACGCACUGAUGCUUCACAGACAUCCUUCACUUCAGGCAAGAAUGAGAUCCAUUCUUAUGGAUUGGUUAAGUGAAGUGUGCGAAGUAUAUCGUCUUAAUCGCGACACUUAUUAUCUGUGCAUUGAUUUUAUUGAUCGCUAUCUGUCCUAUCAAUCGGAAGUUCCCAAACAACAGCUCCAAUUGAUAGGUAUUACCUGUUUAUUCAUUGCCGCUAAGGUUGAGGAGAUAUAUCCACCAAAAAUGAGUGAAUUUGCGUACGUAACGGACGGUGCGUGCAUUGAACCAGAGAUCACAACCAAAGAACUAGUCAUUUUGAAGUCUCUUAAAUGGGAUUUGUGUCCAAUGACUGCCAACAAUUGGCUCACCGUUUAUAUGCAACUCUACGCUAUUCACGAAAAGGAAAACUCUUUGCGAAGAGACGGCGACGCCUUUCUUAUCCCUGAAUAUCAGUCAAAACUAUUCGCCCAAAUCGCACAUCUGGUCGACCUCUGUAUCCUCGACAUCGGAUCGUUGACAUAUCAGUACUCAAUAAUAGCCGCCGCAGCGCUCUAUCACUUUACAAGUGAAGAAGUUGUCUUUCAGUGCACAGCCAUUAAGAUGCAAGAUAUGCGCGAUUGUGUUAUUUGGAUGAUUCCGUUUGCAUUGGCUGUCAAAGAGGAUGGCUUUGAAAACCCAAAGCUUCUUCAGCAAACUAAGAGCGAUGACUCGCAACCAUUUAAUUACAUUCAAUGCCAUAGCGUUGAUCUACAACUUCUGGAAAAAGCUCAUCUGAAGCAAAGUCAAACAAAAUGUGAAUAUUUGGACGAUUCUGAGUCAUUGUCAUCGUCGUCGUCAUCAGUUAGUAGUCCAGUGGCCACCCGUACCCGUCGGUCCACUAUUUUGACACCACCAAGAAGUAGUUCAAAACGUUGCUAAUCAUUUGAUUGCAAUUUAACACCAAAUUUUGUGUUUGAAAUCAAAUAAUUAUUUUUAAUUUAUUAUUUAUACUGUAAUCGCUGUCAAAGCCAUCCUCAAAGUCCUAGUCUUUUAUCAAAUUUACAAAAUGUUUACAAACUUUUUAAUUCUUGUCCUCAAUUGGUAUUUAUAAUGGCUUUGGUCUUUAAGACUUUUUAAACUAUUUAAUAUUUAUUUCAGUUUUUAUGAGCUUUUAUUUCAAUUAAAGUUUUAAUGAAUACUGCCAUUAAUGCUCAAGACGUUAGACAUAUCAUAUUAAGACUGAACUUACGGUUAUGGUGUUUAUCCGUAUAUUUUAAUAAUUUAUUAUUUUUGGGACUAAUUUUAUACAAUUUAUUUUAUUAUUAUACACAAUAUUUUUGAUAUUUAAUCCAAAUAAUAAAAU